UAAAAAAAAUAAUAAUGAGAAAUUGGUUGAAAUACCAUAAAUUGGCUACCAUCUUUAAAAAAAAAUCUUCAAUCAAAAAUAUCAUAACAUUUAGGUUUAGUAUUUAGUGAUUUGACUAAAGUUUUGUAUAUAAAGGGGGUUUAGGUUUAUAAACUCACCAGAUCGCAAGGCUCCAAGACCCCCGGAGUUCGGCCCUUCUAGAAUGCAUUGAAAAUUUUGUCGGCCGCACCUUCACCUUCCAGUUGAAGCUUUCCAGAUUCAACUUCUCAUCUAAACAGCAGAGUUCAUUUAUGAUUCUCACUAGCGCCCAGCCCAACCAAAUUUUGAGAACCAAGUCAUUACAUUAACUUCUUUAUGCUCUGUCGGGAAACUACGAAAGUUUUUGAUCAUUGUUUAAUAUUGUUAAUGCACUAAGGUGGCAAUGACAACCCGGUGAUUACAUGCCUGGUGGUGGAGCUGUGAAAAGAAGUUAUCCAUGUGAGAACAUGACGGACUCGGACAUUAGAGGAAGCACUGCUGAUGGGAAUGGUGAUGGGCAAACAGCUGCUCCAAGUGAUCUAAAUUAGUCACAUGUAACUGACAAGAAUACAGGAGAGGAUGCAGCAGUUCUGGAGGAAGAGCGCUCCACAUAGAAACAAUGAGAUUAUUAACAAGUUUGAAGACUCAUCGACAACGAAAACGCGCCCACAUGAACAUUGCAUUGAACACUUUCUUUAAAAAAAAUUCACUUUCUAUGAACUAAGAGAUUUUUCUUAAACCAUGUCACUGCUUUUAAUAAGUUUGUCCAGCUAAUCUAUUACUACACUGUUUAUCAAUGUCUAGAAAUAUUUUUUUAUUAUAAAGAAUCAGCUACAUCAUAUAAAGCAACAGCUUAAAUAAAAAUGUAUAAGUUGAUAAAAAAAAUUUUGUAUAAAAUAAAAGGUAAAACAAACAUAUAAAAGGAAAAACAAUAUAUGCUAACACAAUCUACCACAAUAAUUAUUUUUUAAAAUAUUAUUUUUAUUAUCAUAGUCAAAUUAGAAAAACAUUUUUAAAAAUUUAAAAAACUAAUUUUAAUGAAAAAUAUUAAUUGUCGAACAAGUAUAUAAUCUCUAAAUUAAAAUAAAUUAAAAUUUCAAAAUUUUGUUAAACUUUAAAUAAUAUUUAUAUUAUUUGCUCAUUUGCUCACCCGCCCAUUUGCUUAUUUAAAAUAUUAACUUUACUUUAUAUUUAAAUUUCAACUAAAUUAACUUUUUUACAACUAUCGGCUUUUAUUCUACUUUUAUUGAAUCCAUUAGUGACUACCACUUAUGCUAUUCCACUUUGAACUAAGCAACUUCAAAAUAAAUUAAUACUCUAUAGUCGUUAACCAAUGGAUCGAAAAAAUAUCACUCUUUUGCAAUAUUUUCAUUUUCAUAUUUUUGAACAUUUAUUAAGACCAUAAAAUAAAUUGUAAAUUAAAGUAAAAAUAAAAUAAACAAAUCCGGCGCGCAGCGCCGGAAUACUACUAGUAAGAUAUAUAAGAAUGCAAAUAUGAAAAUCAAUUUAGAUUUUGAGGAAUAACCAAAAAAAAAGGAAUAAGAAACUGAAAAGGAAAUUAAACAUGAUAAUUUAGUUUAAAAAACUAAACACGAUAAACAACAAAAACAAAAGGAAAGAGUGAAAACCCAAAGCGAAUAGUGAACAACGUACUCAAGUAGCUUCAUAUAUAUAAGAACGCUAGAGACUCCUCUAGCUAUCAUUGAUUCGAUUACUUGUUUCUCAGACCAAAAACAAAACACAAUAGAGUCAAGAACCCUAGUUACAGAGAAUGACUAAGAUGGUGAUGAUUAGAGAAGACAACAACAACAUCAGCAAAGCUCCGAAUGUUGUUGGCCAAUCUUCUUCAGUACUAGAGUUUGUCUGUGUACUUGGCCGAGGUAGUUUUGGUUCGGUCACUCUCAUAAGAGACUCCAAACACCGGUUACACGCUGAGAAAUCAUCUCCGAUAGCUUACAUGGAGAGUCUCAAGAAAGAGCAUAGGAUCAUGCUUCGUUUCCGUAACCAUCCACGCAUCGUCCAAACCACAAACCCUAAUCUUCACAUAGGUAUCAACCUCGACCAUUGUUACAUGUACAUGGAGUUUGCCUCCAAAGGUACUCUCCACAACUUCAUCACCCACUUCUCUGGCCAACCAAUGCCUGAGGUUAUGAUCGGACGCGCUGCUCUCAUGAUCCUUCAAGGACUCGAGGCUCUUCACUCUCACGGCUACGUUCACUGCGACCUCAAGCCGGCUAACGUUCUCCUCUUUCCUUCCAAGAUUGUCGGAGAGCCGUGGGAUCUCAAGCUUGCUGACUUCGGUCUAUCUAAGGAGCCUUCUUGUACGAAUCCAAGGUCCUCCUUGUCUGGCGGUACAAAGGAGUACAUGCCCCCUGAGUCUUUGGGACCCAACCGAGUGAAGAUGAUUGGACCGGCUGUUGACAUGUGGGCUCUAGGGUGUGUUGUGCUUCAGAUGUAUGGAGGCCGUCCAGUGAAGAUGGGAGAAUGUUGUUACAAGUGGAGGCUUCCGAGACUAGUAUCUCCGCUGGCCAACGACUUCUUGAGGCGGUGCAUGGCGUUGCAGCCCUCACGCAGAGCCACCGCAGCGGAUCUGUUGAAACAUCCUUUUGUUUGCACCAAGGCUACAUCAUAUGCUUCAGUACUGUCCUCCUCCUCCUGUCAUAAGACACAAUAAUGUUUAUGAGAGAAUAUUGUGGUAAAAGACAAGGAGGAGACCGAUGAUGAUGGAUCCAAGAUCUAGCUAGAGAUUCGAUCUGCUGAGUUCUCAACCGUUAGGUCUCGGUUGUUAAAUAAAGUUGUCUUUAAUUUUAUUCAGUUGAGUUUGAGUCUUGAUUUGAUUGUUGUUGCACAGUUAAGAACAGUAUAAUUCAUGUUUUGGUACUUGACUUAAUAUUCUUAUAAUGUAUCUUUGUCUUUGCCUGAUGAUUGCUAUUGAAAUGUUUAAAAGAAUCUAAUAUAUACUAGUAUUAUUACACAGUUUAAAUUAGUCAAACAGAAAAACAUUCACACAUUCAUUUGGAGGCGUUAAUCCAGUGGAAAGGUUUACCUGGUUAUGAGCAAUCAUGGCUCUAUGUGUGUUUUUUUCAAUAAAUCCUAUCGGCUGAUCCAUGUGAGAGACCAGAUUUUACCUGAAGGGGGAGGGGGGAUGGGGGUAUUGAUAGACCCUUGAGAGUAUACAUCAGGAAGAGAGGCAGAGGAGUUGAGAAAAAAAGGCUUAAUAUGAGAUGACGUGGCAGAGGAAUUGGAGGGAAGUGAAGAUAAUUGAUGGUGAGUGGAGAGAAGUAUAAAUAAUGAGAGUCUGUUGUAGAUAAUUUCUCAUGAAAGUUUGUUAGAGAAGAUUGAAGUCGUGAGAGGGUUUGUCUCUGCGAUUCAGUUUACUCAAGGAGAAAGGUCCUUGGGAUUGUAAUUCACUUUUGAUAUUCAAUAAUACAUUGCUUAUUGCUUAUAACAAGUUAACAACCAUACAAAAAUUCGUUUCUUUUUUAACUUUUCUGGACUAACCCCAUUCAGUGAAUGUCCAUCACUUCCACCAUACAGAAGAAGAAAAAUGAUAUCUAAAGAAUAUUAUAUGAAACAUAUUUUUUUAGUAUUUUCCGAUAUUAAAACUGUAGGACCAUGAUUUAUGUUGAAUAAUUGCAGCAUAUAUUAAUACCAAACAAAACUUAUAAAAGAAAACAAUAAACGAUGCCAUAUUACACGAACCCGUUGUAUGUAUAGAAGCCGAUAGUGAAGCCCAACUUAUGAUCCAUUUAAGAAGCUUUUGUAACUACGUAACUAGGGUUUUAUAAACCACAAUAUAUGUCGUUAAAAUACUUGCUAGUAGGUCUGAGCAUAAAAUCCAUAAUUCGAAAUCCGAACUGAACCCGAACCGAAAAAUCUGAUCCGUACCUGGUCUGAAAUGUAAAAAAUACCCGAAUGGAUCUUGUAAGGUGGUACAAAACAUAUCCGAACCCGAAGUGUUAUUAAUCGAACCCGAACGGGUAACCCGAAAAAAAGAAAAAUAAAAAAAUCCGAAAAGAUAUCCGAAGAAACCGGUCCGAAUGUCCAAACUACUCCCUCCGUUUCAAUAUAGAUGAUGUUUUAGAAGGAUUAUUUUGUUUCAAUUUACAUGAAGUUUUGAGAUUUUAAGGUUAACUUUAACUUUAUUGGAAACUGUUCAACCAAUUAGAUUUUACCGUCUUUUUUAUAAUUGGUUAACUGAUUUUAAAAUUAUAUCUUUAAAUUUUUUUUU